AUGGAAAGGGGAAGUGAGAUUGCGAUUCAGCGGAAUCACCCGAACUGUACAUCGUGGCAGAAAUUUUAUUUGAUGCUGGGCUUGCUGUGCAUCGGUGCGAAUGGAGAAAAGAAGAUCAACUUGGAGGAUAUAGAAAGGGAUAAUUUAAAAGUGGAAGGUAUAUCGAAAUCCGGCAUUACACGGACCGAGCAAUCAAAAUUCCUUACAAAGCCAGAAUUUAGCCAACAACACUACCAAGUACCGAAUCAAUAUCAUGGACCACCGACUAGUUCAUCGGUUACUUACGUGACCCCACCUCCAGUGCAAAAUCCAGAAACGUACGUUCACCCUAACAAGUACGCGGCGAAAGAACAAGUUUAUCAGCAGCAAAACAACAUCUCGCCGCAACAAAUAUUACCACAGCGAUAUUACAACGAAUACCAACAGCAGCCACCAUUACCCCCAAAAGGAAUCACGUCAAAUGCUUAUGAGUCGGAAGAAUUGACUUACCAACCGGAAGUGAAUAUUGGCAAUCAGUUGCAGGUUGCACAACAAAAAACAGUUUCGGCGAACUUCGCGAGAAAUGUGAAUAAAGAACCGGUAUACAUCGACAUCCCCACGAUGCAUCUUCUGACUUAUUACCCGAACUUAGAUGUAAGUUCUGGUAAAACCGGAUUAUUUGUACCGCGAUUAACCACAGCAGCGACCAAUCAUAUAUCCAUCCCUCUCUAUACAUCGACGCUAAAUCAAAAGCCAAUAGUAGCCGGGAAGCAAACUUACCAAAUACAGUACGCGCCAAAAUACAAUAGCGCUCCUGCUGCUUCUUCGACCAAGGUUGCGAAGGGUGCGGUUUAUACAACUCCCGUUAACUCAAAGAAAUUCUCUAGCUCUGCGUUAUUCAGCGUGCCAACUUACGCACCAUCGGAUCAAGCAUAUGCCCAAGGAAGACAACUUCUAUACACACAAGCGUACAUUGCUCCGUCCCAGCCACAGUACGUUUCCCAGCUAGUGUACACUCAACCCGCAACGGUUUAUAUGCAUGCCACGCCAGUUUACAGUGACGUUUACGCUCGUCCACCUAGCUACGAUCAAGAUAAUUCUUUGCAAGGCAGCGUGAAAUACACCGCGCCGCUUGAAGAGUUGCAUUCCGCGGCAUCAAUUGCUGAUGAGCUGCCGAAUCAAGGUCUGGGGCAGCAAAACAGUCAGAGCGUGACUCAGAAUUACGUCAAGGAUCCGGAAGAACCAAAUACCGAUCUAAUACCACCUCAAAUACCAGCGCAGGAUUUCAAAUCCAGUGCCACGUCUUUGACGCCCGUUUCGUCGCACGACGAAGAACCUGUUCCAGAACAAAAUUACGUAGGUUCGUCCGAGCCUAGAUCAUUGCUAGACUCGUACGUUCCAAGCAAUGUGAUCGCAGCCCAAGAUUCUUCCAAAUAUCAAGAGAGGCCGAUAAAGCUGGAAAGAGGUUUUCUUCCAUCGAAAGAAAAUUUCUUAUACAAGAAACGCAAGAUUGACUAA